AUGGAGAAAGAAGGACUUAUAAGAGGCUUGCAGUUGUUGGACUCCAAGGGCAUGACUGUUGAUUACAUCGUCACCGACCGCCACCCACAGAUUCAGAAGUUCUUGCGGGAAAAGAAAAUAACACACUACUUUGAUGUCUGGCAUUUGGAAAAAGGUCUAUCCAAGAAAGUUAGCAAGGUGGCCAAGGAGAAAGACUGCGAGGUGAUCCAAAAGUGGCAACGAGGAAUCAGCAACCAUGUCUACUGGUGCGCAACAUCCUCAACUUCAGGCUCUGAGAAGGUUGCAAAGUGGACAUCUCUAUUUAACCACAUGCAAGAUCAACAUGUCCAUGACAACCCUGAAUUCCCUAAAUGUCUGCAUGCUGAACGCAAGAGCAACGCAAAGAAAAAGUGGCUUAAACCAGGUUCCAAGGCCCUCCUCAAAAUGGAGAAGGUACUUGUCAACAAGAGGGUUCUCGGUGACGUGGAGAGACUAAGCUCGCGGUACCAGACAUCUACGCUUGAGGCAUUUCACAGCGUCAUCUUGCGCUUCACGCCCAAAAAUGUUGUCUUCCCUUUCAUUGGGAUGCUGUGCAGACAAUAUCUGGCUGCACUCCAUUUCAACGAGAAUUCAAAUCGCACCCAGGCAAAAACAACUGCUGGGACCCUGAAGUACAGCAUUCAUUUCCCAAAGGCGAAAAAGGGGGGGUACACAUUAAAACCAAUGAAGUCGCAAGCAACACAGGGUUAUGUCCAAGAGCUGAUCUCUCUACUCUUCGAGGACGUGAUUCCAAGACCCCAGCCUUACCAGGAGGAGCUCAGAAAGAUCCCUGUUCCUGCCAACCUGUCUGCUGCGUUCCACCAUCCUCCAGUUGCUGAAGCUGUGGCUGCAUACCAGUCUAGGUUCAAGAAAGGGCAGCCCUGAAGUCAAGGUAUUGGCCCUCUGUCUCUGGGUACUUUUGUUGGAUUCUUCGGACAACACAGGAUGGAUGUGAUGACCACUGAACUUUCCUUCCUAAGUAGCCCCAGCACGAACAUUCGAAACAUCUGUAUGCCAGAUGCUUGCAA